AUAUAUAUAUAUACAUAUAUAUAUAGAGAUAGACGCACUCAACAUAAGUCAUUGGAAAUGAAUUUUGGUAUGCUGCUCACCUCAAACUGGUUGAAAUAUUUCGAUAGUUCAGUCAUACCACAGAGAUAGCGCUUCGAGGAUAUGCUGGUUGCGCAUAGUUCAAAGCAAGAUAAGGCCGUUCAUGCAGGGCACAGAGGCCCAAAUUGCGACCCCACGGCCCACGGAGUUCACAGAGAGAUGACCCGCAUGCAAGUCUGUCUGGAGUUUUAGACAGCUUAAUUACUAAUUGUCCGGAGAUGCAGUUCCUUCCUGAUAGACAUGUGGCUGCUUCGGCAGCGAAAUAGUGCAUAGGGUGUUCACGUUGCUCCAAUACUUUUUUCUCCCUGGGUUAACAUCUAAUCAAACAUAAUGGAGCGACUAGUAGCUUGUAAUCAAACUUCAUAAUAUCAGAGUCAGCAUUAAUUGCAAUAAAUAAAUGGGCGCAUUGAUAUUAUUGGAUUCACGUUGCAUCAACUGAUUGGGGUUGAGUUGAAGGCAACCAUCAUCAGGGUAAAUCAGGCCUAGAUAGCGGCCUGACGGAAUCCGGCUGUCAGCAGAAAUCAAGAAGGAAUAACAGACAGCUAACGGCUGCCGACGAUCUUUUCUUGACCUGGAAGUAUGUAUUUCGGACAUGCCAAACUAUCGUCUAUGUAGACCGCGCCAGCGAAUGCUAUGCUCGCUGUAAUAUAUCCUCUCAAUGGACCAAAAUUCUGCACGUCGCACAGUCUGGGGGUUAUAAGCACUUUAUCUGGCGGUUCAACAACAUUGACAACACAGCGCGCCAAACCUAGAAGUCACAUAAACAAACUUGGUGUGGAAACAGCCCGUAGAACGGAGAACUAUCUCUGUACCAGAGUACGGAGGAGAGAUGGAUCAAGUCUUUCCCUGGAGUAUGUAGGGCGGCAGGAGGGCGUGGUCACAGAUGCAGGUGCUGGAAGAGACUUUCAUUCCGCGGGCCGCGGACCCGUCCUGAACCUUGAAAGUCGAGUUAAACUCUGACUGCCGAUGAAAAACAGCCGAUGCCUGGCGCCUUUCCCGUGAUUGCCGGGACUGACGGUGCGUACAUAAUGUAAAUAAGCCGCCGCCUCAUAGGUACGAGCGAGAGAGGUAGACAAAGUGGAGAUUGACGAGAUGAAGAAAUUUCUUGACGAACAUUGGAAUCUCAGUGUCGAUCAAAUGGUCGAAGAAUCGAAGAUGGAUUUGAGAGGAACCCAGAUCCAUGGAACAACGGCGGCCAGGAAAUGCCCCCACCACAACACUUGCAGCGAGAACAAUGUGGGCUGGUCCAGGCCGGCGAUGAACUGCGUCCGAGACGACUGUUCCUGGACUGACCCAAAGAUUGGGAUUGGGUGACCUCUCGGUCAUCAACCAGAAGGGAAGGAAUAAAAUAUCGCUUGCUUGCUUAAAGUAUGGGUCGCAACGUCACAUAUUUCACCAGAGGAUUUGGACGGAUCGCUUCGUCAUGUUAUCGAUCAUAAGUAGAGCUUCAGCUUCGAACCAAAGAGGACGAAGAGGAGUCAGUUUGAGCGACGAUUGGUAUCAUUCCGGUAUCAAUCGGUCAAUCUCUGGCCUGCUUGGCCUUUGUAUUCAGAUAAAAAAAAGGCUCAGAUCUAGCAUCAUAAUGGAUGGAUCGCAUUUCUCGAAGAAAGUGGACCAGGUUCUUUGGAUCCAGGCCAAUCAUUCGAACUUCCAGAACGUCACAGUCAGACACACCACACGAGUCGGCAGACUCUUUAUUCUUGGGGCUAGACUCGAUGGAGAGACAAAGAAAUACUGUACCGAUCAGGUUCAAGUUCUCGGGUCAUCUUUGUUUCGGCUCGAGAGUUGGAGAACUCGACGCCUGUGACUUAAUCAACUUAUCAACCAGUAGUCGUGAUAGCUAGUUAUCAGUAAGGGAAGGAGGUCUCACCUUUCAAGGCGAUGGUGGUUUGACUCUGAAACCACUGCAGCCAACAAUGGACGUGCUCGAGCAGCCUUGAAAAUAAUACGGCAAAGUAGAGGCGCAACGAAAGACUGGGCAGGGCUAAUCGACAGAGUGGCCGGCCCACUGGCGACUGGAGUUUGGACGGAGUAGGUUUACUACUUGGACAAGGCGAUUCUGGGCUCCAGUGACUGUGACGCCAAAGGACGUACCUAAUUGCCAUUUUGACUGCCCAUGAUUCUGCUCGUUCGCUUUCCUCGUCUGCUUUUCCCUUAUUCCUCCAUUUGAAUCCCCUUCUUGAUCCUAGUCCCAACUAUUAUUACGACUAUUGCUGCUAUUAUUAUUGUUCUUGCUUCCGAUCCAACCCCUCUCGGCCCGCUUCAAGGUCGUGACUGCGACUUCCCCUCAGCGACACUUUGCACCUCCACCCCCUGCUCACUCCUGCUGCUGCUCACUGCUCACUGCCCAAUUGUCCUCUCAUCACCUCGCUGUCUCCCCAUCCCACGCCCCUUACCACCACCGCCCGAUCGUUAACUUUCGCCCUCCGCUCUGUUUAGAACUGCUGCACGUCAAUCGCUUCCUGCGUCCUUCCCGGAUCCAGGCCUCGGAUCACCCGCUGAAGCUUGGUGAUCUUGACCUUCAUUUCAAAUAUGACGCCGUAUUGGGGUAGUACUACCCGGUGACGAUUGCCUUGUAGUUCUGGCUGGCCCAUCUGCAACACUGUCUGUGGCCGCCAGCCGUGAACAACGCAUCGCAAGACUAGCAUCCUUGGACAGAAACGAUCUCCGCCAACCAUCUGUUUGAAGGAUCGCCCACAGUCAGAAUACUUAAAAAUACCAGCAAAAUUUAAAACGAAAAAAAAAGGGCGCCAUCUCUUAUGUAUGAAAAAUGUCCGGCAGCGAUGUCGAACACGUUUCGGGCCUUGUUGACGGCGACUCUCCCCAAUCUCGGCGCCUAUCCUCCUCCUCCGACUGCUUCUACGACGCCCUUCCCAAUGGCUUCCACGACACCCCGCUAACUCUACCGUCCUCUCCACCGAUUUCCUCCCGGUCAGGUACCACAUAUACCACACAGCUAGGUGUCUCAGGCCCACAACCCUUCGCUUCAUCCGCGGCCAGUGCUCCGAACGGCUAUCCCAACCGUCACCACCGAUCCUCUCCCGACCCUGACGAGUAUUACCGGCCACAUCCAUCGACCUUGCUUGCGGAGGAAGACACUGGGAUUCGAGGAGGAAGCGGUUCCUUGUCUGGAUUCACAACUACAACCCCGGAGGCGAGCUCGGUAUCUACGUCGCAACCAGUGCCAGGACAAUACCGUGCCACGGCCGACACCUCUAGACGGGGCCGGCCUGGGUAUCCAACCGGUCCUUCCUUCGUACGGCCGUCUGUAACGCGCCCGAGACAAACCUCUUUCAAAGAUCUUGUCAACAAGUUCAACAACAACCCCGAUCAAGUCCUCCCGCUCCCACUCCCUUCCACCUCCACCUCCGUCUCUCGGGAGCAGUCCAGGGCAUCGAGUCCUGUCGAUCAUAGUAUACGAACCAGAGCGGCGUCUCGCAGGCGAGAUACCGACGGAUCAACGUCAUACCCCACCCAAGAUCCCUUAUCACAAAUCGGUCCACCCUUCUCGAAUCCGAUAAGCCUCGACGACGGCUCAUUUCGCCCUUUGAACUUGCAUCCGCGCCGUCGCUUGUUUGGCGAGUUACUCACGGUCGAUACAGGGUUUCAGGGAUAUGGGAUACCGUCACAUUUGCGACGUCGAGGUUCUGAAGGAAGCAUCCCUAGCCCGAAUCCUGCACUUCGAGAUCAUUUUGAGCCGGGGACCCCAUUGACCCCUACGGCUUGGUAUCUAGGACGGACACCAUUUUUGGAAGCUGUGAGCACGGGCGAAAGCUCGAAUCGCCAUCGCCGGACAAGGAGUGAUAUUCCAGGGAAUUUACCAGAGGGUGUGAAUUCGCACCCGCCCGAUUCUGACAUGGCGGUCUCCGCCCCCUUGCAGCUAGGCUCGCGAACGUACCUGGACAACUCGCAUUCCAAGUCGCGCAUUCCUAUCUCCUCCCGCCGCAUAGCUUCACCCUCCGCUUCAGACGACUCUCCAUCCUCCCCAAAAGCCCAAUCACCAGUGAAUAGCCGCUUCGAUACGCAAACGCCCCUACCACCAAAAGGCGUCAGCCGUCUUCCUAAACCAUCACCCCGAUCUCCACGCGACUUGGCGGCCCAUGGCCAGUCGACGCUUACAACAACUUCCACCACUACGCCCAUACCUCGCGGAAGGCGAGAAAUGGGCUAUGGUCGAGCCCGAGGCAAAAUUCCCGAAAAGAGUCCGCUCCUCGAGGCAUACAUAGCUGCACCGCCCCCAAAGAAAUCGCCUCCUUUGCGCAGUUCUCGACCCCGCCAACCCGUCUCACAUACUGCUUCGGCGGCGACACGAUCGAGAGUCGGAGAAACAGUGUCAAACCUCCAAAAACAAAUCAACCGAGAGCGAGAGUUACGAAGCUCAAGGCCGCGCGAGCGAAGAUUACCGGAACUGGGGAAUGUUGAUUUCGCGACCAGACGCCAAAAGAUCCAGCAGGCAUUUAACCGUACAGUCAAGGAGAACGAAAGAAGGGAAGAGGAGGCGGCCGAGCUUCGCCGUCGGGCUCACGCACAGGAAAACGUUGUGAAACCCGAAGCCAACCAAUCACUCGAGUCCGUCCGGCCUUUCGAGACUGAAGCGCGUGAACAGUCGGCGGAGCCAGAGUCUUCUGCCCAACCCGACGAUGCGGCAACCGUCAUCGAAGAUUCAUUCGAACCUUGCGAGGAUGAAAUACCCGAGAAAGACAAUCCACAAGCUAUACCGCGACUCCAUGUCGACACGGAAGUUCAAACCAAUGACACACACGCGAUGACCAUGGAUUCUCCGACUUUAGGGCACCCCAUUGUGGUGCUAGAGAAAGAGCCUGACUCUAAACCUUCCGACAUGCCUCUAGCCUCAUCCGCGACUUCGUGCUCCGAGGAGUCGCCAGUGACGACAUUUGAUCCAGAGCCGCAAGCCGAAAUAUCCCAGCAAGAUGUGCAUACUUCUCAUAGGACUUUAUUGAGUGAAAUCAUGCGCAUUCGUGAAUCCAGUCCCAGCAGCUCGUCAUGCGAUGAGCAGGAGGCGUACGGCUUUUCCGACAACGACGAUAAAGAAUCAAUCCCGAUCGUACUAAACGACAAAAUAGGAUUUGAUGAUCUGAUCCACGGUAGCGAGCCGCAAGAAAACCCGGAUCUAUAUGCGCAACCUGCACCAGCCGCUGGAGUCGUGUCGAAUCGAUGGAGUAUAAGUUCUUGGUCAUCAUCUUUACCUAACCGUCAUUCUACCGACAACCAAUGUGAAACACACGGGGACGAACAAUCCAUAGAAGAUGUUUCUCAACAAUCCAUAGAAGACAGCGAACUGGCAACUCAGUCAUGCUCAGCUUCCUCAGAUGGUGACAAGCAAGCCUCUAUUCUUUCGGCUGAUAUAGUACAUGAGUCGAGACAAGAGGAUGUGCCUCUCCGAAAACCCCAUGGACAUUCCAAAACACCCAGUCUGGCGAAACUUGGUGGAUGGGAUUCGAAAAAAAUCACCCAGUUAUACCUCGAAGAGCUUGCACGCGGUAGAGACCACAAUCUUCCCCUUAACGUUCGUGCUUCUCCAGAACCACCCUUUUCCAAGGCCGGUUUAAGGGCUGAUGGGCGGACGGACAGUCUCACCGAUGAUCCAGUCUUGGUUUCUAGGUUUGAUGGUAUGCCCGGGUCUAGUCGACAUUCCCAUACUGCUAGCUUGAUACUACGAGACGACUGGGAACAUGCAUCUCCUUCGAUCAUGGAUUGGAUGCAAGUGGCAGCCGACGAUGCAGCUGCACCGCAAGAUCAGACGACUGAUGCUAGUCCUGAAGAUAACGCCAUACUAACACCAAGACUGGUGACUUCUAAUCCUCAAACCUCGUACACAGAAGCUCGCAAUUCAGGGCUCGGUUUGGCCAUCAAUAUUCACUCACCUCAGCAGUCCGGACUCCAGGAGCCUGUUCCUCCUGCGAUGCCCCACCGCGAAAGCCCUCCGCUUUCUGCGGAAAUGCAAACGGAAACCAGCAUCAUCCGUGAGUCAAUUGAUCGCCCAUCAAGUGUUCAGCCUAUCCCCCAACCCACAAACGUCCCGGCAGUUGCUACCUUCGCACCCCUGGGGCCUGUUCACAGUACUGGCAGCAGCGAAGAUUCUCUCAGACGCAUUGGACCUUCUCCGUCUCCUCAGGCUCGGGGCUCAUCUGCAACCUCCCUUGUGCCCUCAAGCUUGGAGCAGCCGCGUACGGAUACUUCCUCUCCUUCUCCAGAUCAGCGGCGCCUGAAGAAGCGGCGCCACGUGAUCAAGGAACUUGUCGAUACAGAGUACACAUUUGGGCGAGAUAUGAAGGUCGUGGAUGAUAUCUAUAAAGGAACUUCAAGUUCUUGCCUGGACCUCUCUCCAGAAGAUAUCAAAACACUCUUUGCAAAUUCGGACCAAAUUGUGCAGUUCUCAAUGACUUUCCAAGAUGCAUUAAAAGAAGCUGCCAAGAGCGUGUAUGUCAUGCCAAAAUCGCAACGGUGGAGUAGCAAACGCAACGGGCGGAAUCAGCAUGCUCCCAAGCACGAUUCCGAAUCUUCCGAGGGAACGGGGCCUUCAGAACUGGAAAAAGACAGAUUGACCUCCAUCGGCGGGGCAUUCAUCACUCAUAUCUCCUAUAUGGAAAAGGUCUAUGCCGAGUACCUGAAAAACCACGACGCUGCGAACAAGAAGCUUCAAGUACUACAACGAAGUCAAAACGUGUCAAUUUGGCUGAAUGAAUGCAGGGAGUGGGCAUCAGAUCUCACAAGUGCUUGGGAUUUGGACUCCCUGCUGGUGAAGCCGGUUCAGCGCAUCCUCAAAUAUCCGCUCCUAAUUUCCGAGCUUCUCGACUCUACCGCCUCAGAUCAUCCAGACCAUGCUUCGCUCGCAAAGGCUUUGGAGGAAGUCACCAACAUAUCUGUCCGUAUCAACGAGAUGAAGAGAAGAGCAGAUGUGGUUGAGCAGGUUGUUGGCCGCAAGAGGAAGGACUCAGAUGUGAGGAUGGGCCUGUCAAAGGCCUUUGGCCGUCGCACCGAAAAGUUGAGACAGCAAGUAGGCCUGUCCGACAUGGUCGCCGAUAAGGACUAUGACGCCCUAUCCCAACGGUUUGGGGACAAUUUCUUCCAACUACAAGUGGUCAUGCGCGACGCUGAAAUGUAUACACGUGAAACUCAAGCUUCUAUGGAUCGUUUCCUCGAAUUCGUCACUGCAAUUGAGGCAUUCAUUGAUGUUUUCCAGACCGGUUAUCCCGAGCUCGAGGGGAAGUGGCGCGUUUUCAAGAUAUCAGUACAAGAUAUCAUGGCGGCGACCUUACCCGAGCAUCUCGAUGUUGUCAGGAAGAGUGUGAUCGAUCCUAUGGUCACAUUGCUCAAGCUUCACGAUGGUCCGCAGAGGGUGAUGAAGAAACGUGAUAAACGUCUCAUGGACUAUGCUCGCUUCAAAAGCAUCAAAGCACGAGGAGAUAAAUCGGACAAGAAGACGGCCGAGCAAGCAGACCAAUUCGUCGCCCUAAACGAGACCCUCAAGGACGAACUUCCCAAGCUCUAUUCGCUAACGGCCAAGUUGAUGGAGGCAUGCCUAAAGAACUUUGUUCAAAUCCAGACCACGUGGUAUAUCCUUUUGCAAAAGAAGAUAGGGCCUUUGAUCGACUCCUUCCCUGAGAACGUCCAGAAGAUCAUUGAUGAUUGGACUACGCGGUUCAGCUACUCGGAGGCACAGGCUCUUUCGCUUGGGAUAUGCAAUGGUUCCUUACUUGCGGACACGGUUAGCUCUGUCAACUUCAGUACUCCCGGCGUUAGCUCCCCGCGCCGACCAUCGACAGUGCAUAGUUCGAGUACUCGCGCCCUGGAAGAGUCUCCUAAAGUCUCUCAUGACUUUAGCGCUAGCAAUCACUCUUUCCAAUCUCCCAGUGUCGAUGGUCAGUCGCAGGUAUCAUUUGGUCGUCAUCGCGCCGACUCGUCCUAUUCUGGCUGGCCAGCUCCCGAAACAUCGGAGCUGCCUCGAAGUCAAGCGCUGCAGCAGGUCACUAGCGCGUCAUCAGUGUCAGUACCUCCACCACAGAUGCCCACGGAAACAUUGCCCAGACUUCCGAGAUUGAGCCUCGACUCUCCAUUUUUGGCAGACGUUAUCCCGCCCUCCAAUACUGAUACCACGGGUGACGAACCUUAUCCCGCCUCUCCGGCUGGGCGCUAUUCGGGAUUCUUCUCUUCGGCAAUGCCCAUGUCGGACAGCCCUCAGGAGAACGCUAGUCAGGCACCUAACCCUACCAAGGAGCCUGCAGUCCUGUUCCUUGCUGCAAGCAUCUAUGAAUUCAAUAUAGAUCGAGCCCGCCGCGAGGCUGGAUAUCCUUACCUGACAUAUGUCGCUGGGGAGAUUUUCGAUGUUAUUGCUGAAAAGGGCGAACUCUGGUUAGCUCGGAAUCAAGACGACGCGACUCACCAAGUCGGCUGGAUAUGGAACAAACACUUUGCGAAGCUUUCUUCCUGAUAUGAUCAGUAACCACAUUCUUUGGGUGGCCCCCUCUCUAGAGGAUUGGAACACUAGUCUGUGGGAACCAUUCUCUUUUGCCCGAGUCUCUAGACCGGAUUUACUUAUGAUGUCUGAUGAGCCUGUUUGUUAUUUUAUCUAUUAUUAUGGGACAGACCCGACGGGACAGAGGUUGUCCCCUGGCUUGCCACUUUCCUUUGUCAUGUUGUGGAGUGACUUGGACCAGUUGCUGGCAGAAUGUCUGGUUAUACUCUAUAUCCUUUUGCCUGAGACAUCUAGCAAGCGAGUCAUGAUUUUUUGUUCAGCGGGAGCCGGUGUUUUGCUUGUCGGCCAGUUUGACGGGAAGAAAUUACUCCAUACCCGCAAGGAUGGCCGUGGAAUGUACAUCUAGAUACCCAUUGACAACAAUUAGCAUUCUGACUUAUCAUGGUCGUUCUGUAGAUAGUUGCCUGUUGCACAAAUUCGUAGUCAGCCUUAGAAGGGCCUGCGCCACAGGUGGAG